GAACACCCGCCUAAUAACGGUCCAGCGCGGGCAUCCCACGGGAGGAUGCCGUCCAAACAAAAAACUUCCGGAACGGGGCAGGAUGGGCAUAGAACGCCGGGUUUGUGAGCAUGUCGCCAAGCCUCGUCAAAUCACAGCAGCCGCAAGUGAAACAAGAACCACCUUGAGCUGAAUCUGGCAAAUCAAGCCGCUAGGGAUUGUGUCCGGCUCAUGGGUUCAUGAACUGGGCCGCCUGCGUUCAUUGAUUUACUAAAGUGCAAAGUGGGCCACAUCACUGUCUGACAUACUGCAAACUACGCUUUCCAUUCCGUCGUUACGAGCGCACAACCGUGCUCCCUGUUUGCCCUUUGUGUAUAAACUGACCAAGAUACGACGACCCAGAAAUGUUGAAAUUGUUAUUGUGAUAUUACGAAAAUAUUGAGGCGUGCUAGGCACAUCCCGUAAGCAACAGCAGGAACUUCAUUAUGGAGCCGAGCGACACAACGCAGUCACACGUCAAGCGCACAUCGCUGGCGGGAAGCAGCAGCCGGAGGAGCUCAAAGAAGUGCUUUCUCGAAUUAUCAGGACUCUCUGUUGGAGCGCGCGAAAAGCUUGCGGAGUUUGACGUCAACGGGGAUGGUAACCUUGAUCCCAACGAGAUCAGCCAGAUUGUGGACACGCUAGCGAAUGAGCAGUUCCGUGGAAGGCACCUGAAGUACGGCUUCCUUGCCCUAGCGCUGGUGGUAGUGGUAUUAAUCGGCUGCAUGUUCGGCAUCUCUUGGGCGGUGUUCCUGGCAAACAAAGACACCGAGGUUCAGCAAGGCGUGUGGGUGACCCGAGCCGACAAGCUGCCCAUCCAGCUGGGCAACAGCCAGAUGACGGUCGUGGACGGCAUGCUGUGCUCCCGGGACGCCUCCAACGCCACCGUCAGCACGCAGCCCAACACCGUGCAGCGGCCCCUGAGCGCCAACAUGACCACCGCACAGCUGACAUCACUCACGCGCGUGUACCUGAGCAGCAGCACCUACCGGUGCGCAAGUGGGCCUGGUCGUGACCGGCUUCAGGCUGGUCGCAGGUUCGCCGCCCACGCUGCUCCUAAGCACCCCCAGCGGCAGUCUGGAGGUCAGCGGCAACUCCAUUAGCGGCCACCGCUGGCCUGGUGGGGGACACGGCGAUGGUCUGGCAGGAGGUAACGGGCAUCUUCACGAAAUAAUGGCGCCCAUAUACCAGCCAGCAUCGACGUGCAGGACAGGUCAGCUACACUGUAUGUUGAGAGUUGUAAUUAUAUACGCCUGGCUUUAAGGCUGUGUGGUAAAACGCAAGCUGUAAUUGCUGGCGCAGUUCGAGGGGCCCCAUGUGAGGACUGAUGUGAGCAAGGAUGUGAGGGGUUACUGUGGAAGCUGUUGCACUGGCAGGGGGCACAGCAGACGCGCCGCGGAUUCCAUACAGUCGUUGACGGUUGCAUGUCUCAUGGUCCUUCUUUCCAGUUACCAUAUUUACGCACAAUGUCAAGUCGCAAGAAAGACCAGGGGUGGGUACCGUGGGUGCGUACGGAAUUCUUUCGAUGCCAAGCGAACGAAUGCCGGUUAGCUAGCACAGCAGCACACGUGCUGCUUUGCGGUAUGAAAUUAAGGUGUGCUACUACUGAUGUGCUUUUAGUUGAGGCAGGCGUCCCCGUUGCUUGGGCAAUGUCAGCAGAUGUUGUGGAGCAUGCGUGCCUGUCGUGGAGGACGUGCCUCGGACGCUAGCAGGCCCACGUUCAGUAGAACGACCUGAAGUUUGGCAGUAGUCUUCGCUGUUGCGAGUGACCGGUGCGUUUGGGCGUCGGGCUGCAAACUGCGGGGGAGGUACGGCGAGCGAGUGGGACAUCGAGGAGUUGCAGGGCAAGCUCGAUGAGCUUGAGCUCGCACCCCAAGCACCCACAUUGCAAACUAUAAGC